AUGUACUUUGGUCCGGCUAGCUUCGUGCCAUUUCGUCCUGGGGGGCAUUCGCUGCCAGAAACACAAACUUCUGAAAACGUCGUCUAUGACGUGUUUUUUGAUACAGAAGAUGGCACUCCUGCAAAAGUCCACGAAUUUUCUAUUACUAUCGCGGGAGAAGGCACCGUGGGCACCAGGGCAGGGCCAAAGGUUGGCAAUAUGAUCAUUGAUAACACAGCAGCCACCUUUCCUGAUACCCGAGGCCUCCAUCCGCUUGCUCUUCCUUUUCCUAUGGCGUGUCUUAACAAAUACCCCAGCACCAAGAUGGAUAACUUUUCGCGCGUUGCACUCCAUGAGAUUCUGCACUACAGCACAAUUGGACCCGAGUCGGCACUAGGGGAACAGAUCGGCGACCAACUGAACAAUGACAAUGAACCCGCAUACAGCCCAGAGCGCGCGCACAGUCUGCAGGUCAGAGAACAAUGGCGAUAA